AUGUCUGUUUAUCUGUUACCGCUUCAAAUUUGUGAUUCAAUUGAAAAGUUGAUGAAUAGAUUUUGGUGGAGUAGUGGAGGGGAGCGACAGAAUGGUAUUCACUGGUUAAGUUGGUCACGGCUGAGCAUUCCUAAGAAGUGUGGUGGUAUGGGGUUUAAGAAGAUUCAUGAAUUUAACAUUGCUCUUUUGGCUAAACAGGAUGCUAAGCUGGGUGGUAACCCCAGUUACAUAUGGAGAAGCAUUUUAGCUGGACAACAUGUUCUUAAAUCCGGUGUAGCCCGCACUAUAGGAGAUGGGGUUGGUUCUAAAAUUUGGGGUUGGCCCUGGCUUGCAGAUCCUGUUGACUCUAAUUUGCAUACUGCAUGCAUCGAGGAGUUAAAGGAUGCUACGGUUAGUGGGCUACUUGAUGCUGAUGAUUCUCAGCUGGUAUUCACUGCUUGGGAAAGAUUAUGGAAGCUCCCUGUUCCGCCGAAAGUUCGUAAUCUGUUAUGGCGGUGUGCUCGUAAUAUUUUGCCGGUUCGAGUGGCGCUACAGUCUAAGAGAGUAUGGAUUGGUGGUGGAUGCCCACUGUGUAGUCAUAUGGAAGAGACGGCUGCUCAUCUCUUCUGUGAAUGUGAGGUGGCUAGGCAUCUUUGGGGCGAGGGUGAUGUUCUGCAUGGAAGAGCUUUGUCCGAAUUUAUGGAUACUAUUAUUUCUUCACCCACUGCCGACCGUGCAAUGUUGAUGGCGGCAAUCUUCUGGGUCCUAUGGUCAACUCGUAAUGAGUGGAAAGUUCAGAGAUUGAUUGAGAAUUGGAAAGCAGUAUAUUGUGUGUCUAAUGCUUCAUUAAUUUCUCCUAUGCCUACUGCUUGGACUUGUCCUACCCCUGGUGUUCUAAAAUGCAAUAUUGACGCAACCAUUUUUGACAAUGAUGCAGGCUACGGUGCUGUUGUGUGUGAUUAUCUAGGCCUAUUUGUUGUAGCUAAGUGUGAUCAGCUCGGUUUCGUUCGUGAUCCUCUUCUAGCCGAAUCGUUGGCGAUCAAGGAGGCAUUGACGUGGAUUAAAGAUAUUGGACAUCACAAUAUUAUUCUAGAGUCUGAUUGUUUAAAUUUUUGUCUUUCUUUUAAUUCCCGUUCUAUUGACUUCUCUUACAUUGGUUCUAUUGUUAAGCAAUGUCAUUCUAUUGCUAGGAACAUUGGGAACGUUUCCGUUCGCCAUGUCCAGCGGUCAGCGAAUCAUGUGGCUCAUGUUCUUGCAAGGGCAACUGGUUCUUUGUGUGUCUGGGGUUCGUGGGAUUCAUUCCCUCCUGAUUGUAUUGCUAGUUUACUAAGUUUUUAA